AUGCAAUUGUUUCGGCUGUCCCUUGCACGCCCUUGUCGAUUCAUCGCACGUCGCCGUUAUCCCGCGCUCAUUGCCUCUCGGCAUUUCCACCCGUCGCGACGAUAUCUUUCAGCCGCGAACGAUCCCCAAGAUGGUCCAACUCCUUCCGAAAAUAUUGUUGAUGAGCCUCGCUCUUCAGACGUCGACGAUUUUCUUGUGAACAAUGGCUCCCUGCCCGCCGACCAAACCGGCAAGCCCGCUUCAAAGCCACAUGGAUCCGCUGUGCGGAGAGCUAUGAGAAACCGGUUACCAAAGCAAGAAAAAAAAAUCGCCGCCGGUGCCAACGAUUCCUGCAUGGUCGAGAUCGUCAAGUCAAAACCUGUACCGGACACCGAGGAGCCGGCUAAAGAAGAGCAACCCUCUGGUGGCGAUGACAGCGACCCUUCAUCGACCGAGCCGACGGGAUCAGAGAACCGAUAUGCCGUGGCGGAUGCAACAUGGGAGGAAUUGCGGGCUUCAGUCAAAGCUGGUCUGAGACUACCAUCCUUGCAAUAUGCAAACGAACCCGCGGCAAAGAAAUCCCAUCUUGUGCUUCAGUAUCCGGGCAACAAUGGCAUCACGUUCUUGAAUGCAGUUGUGAAGCGCCUUGCUCUUGAACAAGAUACGCAUCUCGUCACUCUCAAUGCCCAAGACAUCGCUAUCCUAUUCAGUGAGCUUGAUCUUACUGAAUCUGGUGCCUCCUCAGCUAUUCGUUCCCUUGGAUACGAGGUUUAUAGACCCCCAGUCGUGGCUUGGCCCGAGCCUACGGAUGGUGAAGAUGGUGAUGAAGACAUCUCGGAAAUUGCUGCCGGUCAAGGUGUGCGCGCUGAGGUUAGCACUCCUCGCUUCAUUACCAUCGAGGCAAGCCGUGACUCGGGCGAUAUUCCGCUUCCUAAUUGGAUGGGGUUAAAAUCGCUCGUGGCAUCUAUGAAUGGUCAGCAGGAUCAGGAUCUCGGUACAAUGCGUCAUCUCGGUCAUGGCGUGGAACAACGCUGGGCUGGUCUGCUCAACCAAAUUAUUUCCCCAGCUGAUCAACCAACACAACCUGCGCCUGCUGAAACAGACGGGCUUUCUGAAUCGGACUCAUCCAAGAAGGUCCUGGCACGAGACACGAUUGUACACAUCCAGGACUAUCGCGAGAUUCAAAGCACCAGAGACGGCGCGAGAAUGAUUAGUAUCCUACAGAAGGUGAUUCAGGAUUGGCGACGUGGAGGAUCGAGAGUCAUGCUAGUUGGCAGUACAUCACAGGAUCUUCGUCAUUCUUCCCCCCAAGAUGGCUCGAGGAUAUUACAAAAUGUCUUUGACGACAACUUCUCGAAGACCCUGGUGGUUACACCCGCCAUGUCUGCAAAGGCUGUCGAAAAGACAUUUGCAGAGGACGGGAAAAAUCGUACAAUGGAUAUAAACAUUCGGCAUCUCCAGAUGAUGCUUCGCUACCGACUCAGCGAGAGUUCUACUGCAGCCAAAGACCAAAUAUUCCUUGAUAGCGCCUGGCCGCUGGAUUCGUCCACUAUCAAAAAAUCCGGUAUCAGAGAGCGUUUCUGGUCUUAUAACCAGGUGCACUGGGUUUCAACCCUGGCCCUUGGCAGUGCGGAGUCCGAUGAAGUCUUUGGCUUCGAGCAUAUCCGAAAAGGAAUCGAACUAAUGGAUAAUGGUGACCGAGUUACCAGUGACUGGUUGCAAGAGAAAUCUUCCAAGUCGACAGAUUCCCCAGCAGGUCAAAGUCGAGAACAAUUACUGGCUUCCCUGCGCAAGACCUGUAAUAACCACGAGAAGAAGCUGCUGAAUGGCGUUGUGGAUGCAAAGAGCAUCCGCACCACCUUCGCCGACGUACAUGUGCCACCCGAAACUGUGGACGCUCUCAAGACCCUGACUUCCUUGUCACUUAUUCGCCCCGAAGCUUUCACCUACGGCGUGCUGGCGACCGAUAAGAUCCCCGGUCUUCUUCUUUACGGUCCUCCGGGCACCGGUAAGACGCUGCUUGCCAAGGCCGUUGCUCGCGAGAGUGGAGCGACUGUUCUCGAAGUGAGUGGAUCCGAGGUAUACGAUAUGUACGUCGGUGAAGGCGAGAAGAAUGUGAAAGCCAUCUUUACUCUGGCGAAGAAAUUGAGCCCAUGCGUCGUCUUCAUCGACGAAGCCGAUGCCAUUUUCUGUUCGCGCACAGGAGCUAGCAGCCGCACCUCCCAUCGCGAACUGAUCAACCAGUUCCUGCGCGAAUGGGACGGAAUGAAUGACCUAUCAGCCUUCAUCAUGGUCGCCACUAACCGACCCUUCGACCUUGAUGACGCCGUUCUCCGUCGUCUUCCUCGCAGGCUCCUCGUGGACCUGCCUACAGAAGAAGAUCGUCACUCGAUCCUGAAGAUCCAUCUCAAAGAGGAACAACUUGAUCCCUCCGUCGACCUCGCCGCGCUAGCCAAGCGGACCCCACUAUACUCCGGCUCCGAUCUGAAGAACCUGUCCGUCGCGGCUGCACUGGCUUGCGUGCGUGAAGAGAACGCGGCUGCCGCGAAACACCAAGGCGACGAGCCCUACCAGUACCCAGAGCGUCGCACGCUGACACUGACUCAUUUCGAGCGAGGAAUGGAAGAGAUCAGCGCGUCCAUCAGCGAGGAUAUGUCUUCCCUUUCUGCGAUUCGGAAGUUCGACGAGCAAUACGGCGAUCGUAAGGGUCGGCGUCAGAAGGCUCCUGGAUGGGGAUUCACCCCGUCUGGCGAGGAGCCUGUGGCGGACAGUGCGCGUGUGCGCACUUGA